AUGGAUCCGACACAACCAAAAACUCCAUUCCCAACUAGGCAGAUGUUGGUACUGGCAAUAUGUCGAAUCUGCGAGCCCAUUGCUUUCAUGGGCAUCUUUCCAUACAUUUACUUUAUGAUCAAGGAUUUCCACAUGACCGACGACGACAGCAAGAUCUCCCUCUACGCCGGCAUGGUGACGGCCGCCUUCACCUUUGCCGAGUUUUCCACCGGUGUCCUAUGGGGUCGACUCAGCGAUAAGAUUGGCAGGAAGCCGGUCCUGCUCACCGGACUCUUGGGCACCGCCAUCAGCGUCCUCAUUUUCGGAUUUUCUCCUAACCUGUACGUUGCCCUCGCAGCAAGAGCAGUAGGAGGACUUCUCAACGGAAACAUGGGAGUGCUUCAGUCGACCAUUGCAGAGCUCGUCACCGACAAGGCUCACCAACCACGUGCUUACACCAUCAUGCCGGUCGUGUGGUGUCUGGGAUCGAUUGUGGGACCUAUGAUUGGAGGUGCUCUGGCCAAGCCCUGCGAGCUUUAUCCAGGAGUGUUCAGCGAGGGUUCAAUCUGGGAUAAGUUCCCCUACCUCUUGCCGAACCUCUUCAGCGCCAUGAUCUGUAUCAUUGGUGUUGUCAAUGGAAUUCUGUUCCUGGAGGAAACUCACUCCGGAAAGAAGCAGCAGAAGGACCGUGGAGUUGAGUUGGGCAAGUGGAUCCUGUCGAAGCUCUCGUGGUCUUCCGCGCAGAGUGAGUCUGAGGAGGGAGCCUCGAGCCAGAGCAAGUAUGACGAGUGGUCUUCCGAGAGCCAACCUCUUCUGAGCGAGCAGUUGCCUGGCUACAGGACAUCGGAGAACUCACCUGAAAACUCGCCCCGGAUUGCUUCUUCGGAUGUUGUGGAAGAGCCACGAGAGCCGCUGGAUCUCGCUACUGGCUUCCAUCCCAACUCGAAGAUUUUCACCAGGGCCGUUGUGCUAAACGUUAUCGCGUUCGGCAUCCUGGCAUUCCACACCAUGACAUACGACUCCUUGUUUCCCGUAUUCUUGAGCACGCCGCACUCUGAGAACCCCACCGUGAGACUGCCUUUCAAGUUCUCCGAUGGCCUCAACAUGCCGCAGCAAGAAAUCGGCAUCAUCCUCAGCGCGCAGGGUAUUUACUCACUGCUUGUCAACAUGCUUGUGGUCCCCUGGGCGAUCCAGCGAUUUGGUCCCCUCCGUCUGUUCCGCUUCCUUGCAGUCUCGUACUGCCUGCUGUACAUUCUUACUCCCUAUGUCGUCCUUCUCCCGGAUUCACUUCAGACCGCGGGCAUCUAUGUACUUCUGGUGUGGAAGUGUACAUUCUCGAGCAUGUCGUUCCCCAGCAACGCCAUUCUCACAGUCAACUACGCCCCCAGCAAGCUCGUCAUGGGCAGCAUCAACGGCGUGGCGGCAUCGACGGCCAGUCUCUCCCGCGCUUUCGGACCGAUUGUGUCGGGUAUGCUAUACUCGGUCGGUCUGCGAACUGGCUACUCUGGCCUCGCCUGGUGGUUCAGUGCCCUGGUGGCCGUCAUCGGUGGCGUCGUGGCCAUGUCCAUCCCGGAGCAGCCAACCAUGUGCGAAAAGAGCGCCGAUGACCUGGAAGCUCAGGCCUCUUGA